AGAGGUUUCGAACCAUUCUCAAACAUCAAUUACGAAUAUUUCGAUUUGUUCGGCUUGUUAGCAUCCCAAACACACACACAGAGAGAGAGAGAGAGAGAGAGAGAGAGAGAGAGUUAAGGCUGUUCAGUGGCCAAGUACCCCACGGAAGAUUUUACUCUUGAACUGCGAAGGAAAUUGCAUCUACAAAUCGAAAGCCCAAAUCGAAAUUCAAAUCUACUUUUUUCUUCCCCCAAGCAGAUUUCUUCCUGCUGCUUAUUUCUUCUACGGGUAGGUCAAGUCACUUGCCAUAACAGUGGGAGAACAUAGAGAUUGGAUAACUACUGGGAUACAAUCAUGUUGAAACAUUCUCCUAGUAGAAACCACAGGUCCAAAGGUUUCAAGGUCAAGCGUUUUCUUCGUAUUUCUGUGUUGCUUGCUAUUUGCUUUUGGUUGGUUUACCAAGUUAAGCAUUCUCAUGAUAAGAAGAAGAUAUUGGAUGAAAGCAAUGCUAAUAUCUCAACAACAACGCAUGAUAAUUAUGAAAUUAUGAACUUCGGAAGAAAAGGUCUCCACCCUCGACUCGAGGAAACAACUAAGGAAAAUGAGAAGCUUGAUGAGGAAGAAGCAGAAGAAGAGGAAACUGGAGGAGAACAAGAAGACAAUAAGCAUGAAGAGGAAGAGCAAGAGCAAGAGCAAGAGCAAGAAGAAGACAAAGAAGAUGAAGGGAGAGGAGGAGGAGAUGAUGAGAUAGAUGAACAUGAUCAAGAGAAAUCUGAGGUGGAGGUAGAGGGUGAGGAGGAUUCGACAGAUGAGGGAAAAGACAGAGAAGAAGGCAUUGAAAACGAAAUUGAUGAGAGGGAUGUUGAAGAUAAAGAUAGUCAAAAUGAAAAUGAGAAUCAUGAUGGGAGUAGUAGGAAUGCACGUGAGGCACGAGAGGAACAUUAUAGGGCCGACGAUGCUUCUAGUGCUGUAACUCAUGAUACUGAAACUGCUGACACUGAAAAUGAAAAAGGAGAUUCAGGAAACUCAAGUGAGAAUACUGAUAUGAACAUUCAGGAAGAGGAAAAUGUUGAUGAGAUUGUUUCCUCCAAUUCCGAAAACUCUGAUUUGAAUUCUAAAAUGACGACAGACUCCGACAACAAUAACUCCAUGGAAGAGAAUUUAGAAAGUGAUAAUUUAUCAGUGCAAAAAGGAACUGAAGGUCAAAAUGCUACCAGUGAUAAAUCUUCUGCAGCUUCAGACGACAGCCAUUCUGAUUCUAAUUUAGUGACUUUGAACAAAAAUGAAAAUGCAGAAGUUGACACGGGAGAUUCAAAUUCUUCGACUACUUCAGAGGAAGAUACCGAUGCAACUCAGAACGAGAAGUCAGCAGUGGGUAAUGGAAUAGAUGAAGAAGAAAGCUCAGGAUCCUUCAAAACUGAGAAUUCUGAUGAAGUACUUGACCAAGAUCCUGUAGAUUUUUCUGAUUCUAACAUCCAGCUAGAGGAGAAGGAUGCUCGUAUGGAUCUUGAUACAUUGCCCGAGAUGACAACUGAAGGCGGCGAGAAUGAAGAUGCUGCGGCCGAAUGAAAGUUUGAUCAAUGGUUUUUUGGUUUGGUCAAGUAGUAAAAUUUUCUUUGUUUUUCCUUCGGAAACAUUUCUGGUUUCUGGGGUUUUGUGGUUGAUUUUGUCGAGUAUAUUGAUUAUUGUCUGCAUAGUACGGUUUCAACUUUGCUUGCAAAACUGCAGGCAAGUUGAGAAGUGAAGGUUUGAAGUUUGUAUAAAAUAAUUACCAUAUUACCUUAAUGGCAGCUCUCUUUUUUUUGGUAAAA